UAUCCUGUACGCCUUGCGUUUAUCCUGCCUCUUAUUAACAUAUAACAGCUUUGCUUAAUUCUUAACCCUAGUUUGGGUGUUGAGGUACAUACUAAGGCAGAAAACAUGUCGCUCACUUCGUAAACAAUUGCUUGUUUGUCAUUUAUAGGAAUACACAGACUGGUGCUGCUAAUCUGAAGUCAGGGAGGCAAUGGCGAAGGAGCAAGAGCUUUCCCUGCCAGUCCUUGAUGAGCUCGUCAAGGACUAUGCAGAGGGCAUCCUGGGUCAGACCACGGGCGCUUGGGAAAGAUGCAAUGCCAUGCGCCAGCUCUUUCUGGAUGGAGAUGUGGAUGCUGGUCUUGCUGUUAUGCGCGAAAUUUGCCCGACUGCGUUAGAGGACGUGCGGCUUAUGUUCCGUGCCAAGAAACAAAAGUUUAUCGAGCUACUGCGUUCAGGCGGAGGCCCUGAGGCAGCCCUAGCCUGCGCCCGCAGCGAGCUGGCCCCCUUGGCACUCGACGCCUACCCGGAGGCCUACGGAGAGUUCAAGCGCCUGCUGCUGAUGCUACUGCAGCCACCCGGUGACGCGGGGCGACAGAGCGGCGCUGCAUCCCACUCCGCUGCUGCCGCACCUGCUGCGGACGGUGAUAUCGGCAGCGGUGUGGAGGCCCCGCCCAUGUCUCCCGCCCAGCAUGGUGAGCAGAUGCAGCAGUCCAGCGGAGACUUCGUGGACCUGGCCUACUUCACCGUGCGGCACAUGCUGGGUCUGCAGCACCCGCAGCUGGGUCUGCUGCUGCGCUACCUGCUCCGACUGCACCUCGCAGCGCCGCCCCCGCCUCCCAACACCACCACAGCCGCCAGCAGCAGCGGCAGCGGCACCGCCUCCUCAGCAGCGGCGGUGGCGGGGGAGCUCGUACCGCGGCUGCUCUGCCUGCAGCCACCCGAACAAUCACUCGGGUUUGCCGGUUGCGGCGUUCGCGUCCCCCUCAGCACCAGCGCCCUCCUGCGGGACCCCCCACCGCUGCCGCCCGCGGCCUCCUCCGCCACGGCUGCUGCAGGCGGCAGUGGCGGUGUCGUUCCGCAGCCCGCUUCCUUCCCCGAAGCUGCCGUGCAGGCGGUGAUCCAGGGGGCGGCCACAACCCGGGCGGCAGCACUUGAAGCGCUGAGGCACGCGGGCGGCAACCCCCUGUCCGCCUUCCGGCUAGAGGUGGGUCGGCUGGUGCUGCACGAGCCGCUGCUGGCGGAGCUGGUGCUGGAGUACGGCGGCGUGCGGGGGCUGCUGGGGGGCCGGCAGGAGGGGGCGCUGCAGGUGAAGGCGGCGGAGGGGGGAGGAGCGGCGGCUGCUGGGGGAGCAGCAGCAGGGGGAGGGAGGGAGGUGAGGCAGGCCUGGGCGGGGCGGCCGGGGCGCGCGGAGGCAGGCAGUAGUCCACCCGCGAAGAUACCCCGCUGGUCGCCUCCCGCGGAUGAGGAGGGCGCGGGAGCUGGGACAGCGGCAGCGGCGGCGGAGGGGAGAGAGGCAGCUGUGCAUCCGCCGCCGCAGCAGCAGGGGCCCUCAACCUCAACCUCCGCCCCUGACGACCAGCAGCAGCUGCUGCUGCAGCAGCAGCAGCGACGGCUGCAUCACAUUCACCUUCGGCCUCAGGAGGGAAAGCAGCACCCGGGCGGGGGGGCAGGCAGCAGCGGGGAACUGAGUGGCGGAGGUGUAGCCAUGGACGCCGGGAGAGGAGCCGCCGGCAACGGUUUCGGGGUUGAUGGUAACGGCAGCGGCGGCGGUGACGGCUCCUCGCAGCCUCCUUUGCAGGGUCGGGAGCUGUUGAGCCGGCUGGUGCAGCUGGCCCAGGCGGGCGACGCGGAGGCGGUGUGCUCGCUGGUGAGUGCCGCCGACCCGGGCUUCUGGUCCGACCACCCCGCGCUGCUGUUCGGCGUGCGGCGGUGGCAGUACGGGCGGCUGCUGGCGGGGGGACGGCUGGGGGAGGCGCUGGGGCUGGCCAGGAGCGAGCUCGCCCCGCUGGCCAGCGCGCACCCGACCCUGCUGCCGCGGCUCAAGGACGCCAUGGCUGCACUGCUACCAGGGGCGGAGGGUGCGGAGGAGGGCGCUGCCACUGGAGCGGUGGUGGGGUCGGGGGUGGCAGCUGCUGCUGUUGCCGGUGAUGGUGGCGGUGCUGCCUGCUCGCUGGUAGCGGUGGCGGGGCAGGUGGUGGCGGCGCUGCAGCCGCGGCUGGGGCUGCGGGGGCCACGACUGGUGGCGCUCAUGGAGGUGCUGCUGGCCAGUCACCGCACCUGGAUGCGCUCGGAGCGCCUGUCCGAGGACCCCUUCGCGGCCGGCAUGAGGAUAGGUGCGCUGCAUGGGACAGCAGCAGCCGCCGGGACGGCGGAAGUCGGCUGUGUCGCGGCGCCAGGGUCGGCUUCCGGCGCCAGUGGUGCUGAGCUGGGUGCGGCUGCUGGUGGGGCUCCGAUUAUGAGUAGCAUGCAGCGUCAGCGGCAACAUCUACGGAUGAUGGGGGCCCGCGUGCCGCCCUGGCCCAUGGAGGGCAGGGAAGGCGAGGACAUAUAUAGGCGAGACACGCUGGGAGCCUUGCUCAUCGGCAUGGGGCCGCCCGGAGGUGCUGGCAGCGGCGGCAUGGGGCCUGUUGCCGGCGGCGGCGGAGCCACUGCCAUAGGCUAUGCCGGCGGCGGCGAGGUAGAGUACCGCGGAGGCUUUGGUUACGAGGAGGUCAUGCAUCAUGCUGACGACGACGAUGAGGAGGACGUCAGCGAGGGUGACGGCGGUGGUGGCAGCGCGGACAUGUACGACGAGGCUGCUGUACUGCAGGUGAUGGAAGUGUUGGAGCUGCCGCGGGGGGCCGCCAUUGAGUUGCUGGUACGGCAUCACGGAGACGUGCAGGCUGCGGUGCUGAGCAUGAUGCAGUGAGGGGGGAAAGGGGUGCAUUGUUGGCAGGAAGCUUCAUACCAGCUAGAGGCUGUCUGUAGCGGCACAUGGAGCGGGAGGUUAGGAAUGGAUGUAGCAGUAAAGGUGUAAAGGUUCCAGCCACAUGGGAGGAGACAUGGUGGCGAGAAUGCGGAUGUUUGGGGUCAGGAGCCAGGCGCGAUGUGGACGUAUCAUGCCGUGUGAGCCUUAGGGGGCGCCAACGUGAAGUGGUCCUGAGCAGGCGGCUGGGUAGGGGUAAGUGCUGCAGUUGUUUCACCGGUUUUACGCUUCUGUAGUGGGAGAGGCCUGGUUAGCAGGCUCAAGGGAGUGUAGGAAGGUUGAGAAUGCAGCACACCUCAGUUUAUGAAUGACCAUGGGGCUGGAGUGCACUGGUAGGCUUAUUGUGCCUCAACGCCAGUCAUGUUACAGCAGGUCGCGCCCGAACCAGGCCAACCAACCGGUGCCCAACUAACCAUUGUGAAAUAUCCAUUGCAAAUUGUCCGUUGCAACGCAACAAAUGCAAAC